CGGGCGUCACCAGCUGAAUCGGCUGCGUACCAACACCUCGCUCGCCUCGCCGCCUUCCUUCCGAUCCCCUUCUCUGCGUUAUGGACUCGCAGUGGACCACUUCGUACGCUGAGAGCCCUGCAAGCCGCCAGGCGCGGUACGCUCCGCACAGUAUGACCACCCCCCAACAGCAUUCUCAAAGGGACCCCAAUAUACCGCAGCAGAUAAAGCAGGAUCCUUACACAUCUCCCGCAGUGCCUUCAAGGACAGGCUCGAUGGCACUAGCGUCCCCUGGUGGCCCGCUUCCCCGGGGUCCAGAGUACAACGACGGGGACGGAGACGUACCCAUGGAGGACGCUGAUCCUUACAAGCCCAAAUACAGCGCUUCACGAGCGAACCAUCAGCACAGGCAUUCGCAGCAAUUCUUACAACAAGAAGAGAGCGCGGCCGCGCGAAGAUACUCGCCAAUGAACCUUUCGCCAACGUCACCAUAUAGUGGAACCACGCAACAGGGUGGUCAGAACUAUACGAGUUUCAGUCCCCAGGCCGCCCAGAGCAACAGGCAAAGUCCGACUAGAAACAAUCCCUACAUGUCGCCGCCAAACAGUUACUACUCCCCUCCCACUUCGCGACCGCAUGCCCCUCAGCUCCCUCCUUUGCAAUCGAACAUGAGCCCCGAGAGCUACUAUCCGCAAUCCGCGACUGCCCAGCUCAAUGCCGUGUAUAAUAGAGAGGCGCGCUCACCACGAACGACGAAUCCGAACCCUCCACAAUUGCCCCCAAUUGGGCAGCGAGGAUCAGUGCCAAAGUUUAGUAAGGUUGUCAAUACCGCCGAUUUGGAACCCAAAAUCAAUGCUCAACCGCCAUUCCGACGCGCUGCCCCAGAAGGAGGUUUCAUUAGUCCACUCCAAGCCUUAACAACGCAUUUGCCCUCGACGUACAGGAUAUGCAAUCCCGGUUUUAAGUACGAAUCGUCUCGAAACCCCCGUCGAGUUCUCACCAAGCCAAGCAAAGGGGUCAAGAAUGACGGGUAUGAUAAUGAGGAUAGCGAUUACAUUCUCUAUGUAAACGAUAUUCUAGGAUCUGAAGAGUCUGGGCACAAGAACAGGUAUCUGAUCCUCGAUGUGCUUGGUCAAGGAACAUUCGGGCAGGUUGUAAAAUGUCAAAAUCUCAAGACGCAAGAGGUUGUCGCUGUCAAAGUCAUAAAAAAUCGGACAGCGUACUUCAACCAGAGUAUGAUGGAGGUGUCAGUACUCGAUUUGUUGAAUAAGCAGAUGGACAAGAACGAUGACCACCACUUGCUACGACUAAAAGACACGUUCAUCCACAGGCAGCAUCUUUGUCUGGUGUUCGAGCUGCUGAGUGUCAAUCUGUACGAGUUGAUAAAACAAAACCAAUUCCGCGGGUUGUCGACAACUUUGGUCCGAGUAUUUGCGCAACAGUUAAUCAACGGCCUGGCCCUGCUAGGGAAGGCGAAAUUGAUACAUUGCGACCUCAAGCCGGAGAACAUUCUGCUGAAGAACCUGGAAAGCCCAAUCAUUAAGAUAAUCGAUUUCGGGUCGGCGUGUGACGAACGGCAGACAGUCUACACAUAUAUCCAGUCGCGUUUCUACAGGUCCCCUGAGGUGCUACUUGGUUUACCUUAUUCCGCGGCAAUCGACAUGUGGUCAUUAGGCUGCAUCGUGGUCGAAUUAUUCCUCGGGUUGCCAUUAUUCCCUGGAUCGUCGGAAUACAACCAAGUAUCGAGAAUAACCGAAAUGCUUGGGCUCCCACCAACAUGGAUGCUUGAGAUGGGAAAGCAAUCUGGUGAAUUUUUUGAGAAGUCCCACGAUGAGUAUGGGCGGAGAGCAUACAGACUGAAGACUAUGGAAACGUAUUCCAGAGAGCAUGGCACCAAGGAGCAGCCGAGCAAGAAGUACUUCUCAGCGACGACGCUGCCUGACGUGAUCAAGAAUUAUCCAAUGCCAAGGAAGAAUAUGAAACCUGCAGAGAUUGAGCGAGAAAUGGCAAACCGGACAUCGUUUAUCGACUUCGCCCAAGGAUUGUUGAACCUCAACCCGCUCGAGCGAUGGACCCCGAACCAGGCCAAAAUGCAUCCUUUCAUAACGCAAGCCAAGUUUACAGGACCUUUUGUACCGCCAAUGACUCUACGAUCAGGAUCUAGUCGAUCCCCGGCCCCUGGAGUCCAGGAACAGCAACGUUUCGAAGGGCUAAGCAAGCAGCGAGCACAGCAGCAGGCUGCUCAACAGCAAGCCCAGGUGCAAGCACAGAACGCCGCAUAUGCUAACAUGCAGAUGAAUCAAUACGCAGCUCAGACCCCGCAUGCUCAGCCUCCGAACAUGUACAACAAUAUGUACAGUCCAAGUCACCAGGGUGCUCCUCCGCCAUACCCAGCUCAACCUACAUAUGGCCAGCAGAUGGGGAUAAUACAGCCUCAGCAAGCUAGGUCAUAUAAUCAGCCCCAGAAUCUCUACGCCCAAGCUACAACACGUGCCGGACGACAACGCGCCUCCACCAUGGAUCAGCAACAGUCCGGUAUUCCACCGGCUUUGCAGAGAGUCAUUAGCCAUCUAGAUCCAAAUGCGCCGAUUCGGUUGCAGCCAUCACCAGCAUAUUAUCCACCGCCACCCGAUGGUGCACCAGAAAGCGCCAGUGCCAGGCGGAGAGGUUCACGGGCUGGGGGUCAGCAUAACAGGGCUAACAGGGAUUUUAUUAGAACUUUGGAGGAUCGAACAUUGGAGGAAGGAUUUAUGAAUCAGACGCAUUGGCAAUGACGGGGCCGGCUUUGAACCAGUA